AUGCCCAAAGACACCAGAAAGACAGUGAGGCACGGAGAGGCCAGGCCAGAACGAGAGCCGGGCGCUGGGGGCCGGUGUCGCUCUGGAACCCCUUCUCGCCCGCAGUCUGGUGGCUCUGACAGCUAUCGUGUCGCCACCUCGCAGGACAAAAAAGAUGACAAGAGCUCGCCCAAGAAGAGCAAGGCCAAGGAGCGCCGGGAUCUGGAUGACCUCAAGAAGGAGGUGGCUAUGACGGAGCACAAGAUGUCCGUAGAAGAGGUCUGCCGGAAAUACAACACCGACUGCGUGCAGGGCCUGACGCACAGCAAAGCCCAGGAGAUCCUGGCCCGAGAUGGGCCUAAUGCGCUCACACCACCACCCACCACCCCAGAAUGGGUCAAGUUCUGCCGACAGCUCUUUGGGGGCUUCUCCAUCCUUCUGUGGAUCGGAGCAAUCCUCUGCUUCCUGGCCUACGGCAUCCAGGCAGGGACUGAAGAUGACCCCUCUGGUGACAACCUGUACCUGGGCAUCGUGCUGGCGGCUGUGGUGAUUAUCACAGGCUGCUUCUCCUACUACCAGGAAGCCAAGAGUUCUAAGAUCAUGGAAUCCUUCAAGAACAUGGUUCCCCAGCAAGCCCUUGUGAUCCGGGAAGGCGAGAAGAUGCAGGUGAAUGCCGAGGAGGUGGUGGUCGGCGACCUGGUGGAGAUCAAGGGUGGGGACCGGGUUCCAGCUGACCUUCGCAUCAUCUCAGCCCAUGGCUGCAAGGUGGACAAUUCCUCCCUGACCGGCGAAUCUGAGCCCCAGACCCGCUCCCCGGACUGCACACACGACAAUCCCCUGGAGACCCGUAACAUCACCUUCUUUUCUACCAACUGUGUGGAAGGCACCGCUCGGGGUGUGGUGGUAGCUACUGGUGACCGCACCGUCAUGGGCCGCAUUGCCACCCUGGCCUCAGGCCUGGAGGUGGGCAAGACGCCCAUCGCCAUUGAGAUCGAGCACUUCAUCCAGCUCAUCACUGGCGUGGCUGUGUUCCUGGGCGUCUCCUUCUUCAUUCUCUCUCUCAUUCUGGGAUACACCUGGCUCGAGGCUGUCAUCUUCCUCAUCGGCAUCAUCGUGGCCAACGUGCCAGAGGGGCUGCUGGCUACUGUCACGGUGUGUCUGACCCUGACCGCCAAGCGCAUGGCUCGCAAGAACUGCCUGGUGAAGAACCUGGAGGCGGUGGAGACGCUUGGUUCCACUUCCACCAUCUGCUCUGACAAGACGGGCACCCUCACCCAGAACCGCAUGACUGUCGCCCACAUGUGGUUUGACAACCAGAUCCACGAGGCCGACACCACUGAGGAUCAGUCAGGGACCUCUUUCGACAAGAGCUCACACACCUGGGUGGCCCUGUCCCACAUCGCUGGACUCUGCAACCGAGCUGUCUUCAAGGGCGGACAGGACAACAUCCCUGUGCUCAAGAGGGACGUGGCCGGUGACGCCUCUGAGUCUGCCCUGCUCAAGUGCAUCGAGCUGUCCUCGGGGUCCGUGAAGCUGAUGCGCGAGCGGAACAAGAAAGUGGCAGAGAUUCCCUUCAACUCCACCAACAAAUACCAGCUAUCCAUCCAUGAGACUGAAGACCCCAACGACAACCGAUAUCUGCUGGUAAUGAAGGGCGCCCCUGAACGCAUCCUGGACCGCUGUGCCACCAUCCUCCUGCAGGGCAAAGAGCAGCCUCUGGAUGAGGAGAUGAAGGAGGCCUUCCAGAAUGCCUACCUCGAGCUUGGUGGCCUGGGCGAGCGUGUGCUUGGUUUCUGCCAUUACUAUCUGCCUGAGGAACAGUUCCCCAAGGGUUUUGCCUUCGACUGUGACGAUGUGAACUUCACCACGGACAACCUCUGCUUUGUGGGUCUCAUGUCUAUGAUUGACCCUCCCCGGGCGGCCGUCCCUGAUGCUGUGGGCAAGUGCCGCAGUGCAGGCAUCAAGGUCAUCAUGGUCACCGGCGAUCACCCCAUCACAGCCAAGGCCAUUGCCAAGGGUGUAGGUAUCAUCUCUGAGGGUAACGAGACUGUAGAGGACAUUGCCGCCCGACUCAACAUCCCGGUCAGCCAGGUCAACCCCAGGGAUGCCAAAGCCUGUGUCAUCCACGGUACCGACCUCAAGGACUUCACCUCUGAGCAAAUUGACGAGAUCCUGCAGAACCACACGGAGAUUGUCUUUGCCCGCACCUCCCCUCAGCAGAAGCUCAUCAUUGUGGAGGGCUGCCAGAGACAGGGAGCAAUUGUGGCUGUGACUGGCGAUGGUGUGAAUGACUCCCCCGCUCUGAAGAAGGCUGACAUCGGGGUGGCCAUGGGCAUCGCUGGCUCUGAUGUCUCCAAGCAGGCUGCUGACAUGAUUCUACUGGAUGACAAUUUUGCUUCCAUUGUCACUGGUGUGGAGGAAGGCCGCCUGAUCUUUGACAACCUGAAGAAAUCCAUCGCCUACACUCUGACCAGCAACAUCCCUGAGAUCACACCCUUCCUGCUCUUCAUCAUGGCCAACAUCCCACUGCCCCUUGGCACCAUCACCAUCCUCUGCAUUGACCUGGGCACCGACAUGGUCCCUGCCAUCUCCCUGGCCUACGAGGCUGCCGAGAGUGACAUCAUGAAAAGACAGCCCAGGAACCCACGCACAGACAAACUAGUCAAUGAAAGGCUCAUCAGCAUGGCCUAUGGACAAAUUGGGAUGAUCCAGGCCCUCGGAGGCUUCUUCUCUUACUUUGUCAUCCUGGCGGAAAAUGGCUUCUUGCCUGGUAACCUAGUGGGCAUCCGGCUGAACUGGGAUGACCGCACCGUCAAUGACCUGGAAGACAGUUACGGGCAGCAGUGGACAUACGAGCAGAGGAAGGUGGUUGAGUUCACCUGCCACACGGCCUUCUUUGUCAGCAUCGUGGUGGUACAGUGGGCUGACCUGAUCAUCUGCAAGACCAGGCGCAACUCCGUCUUCCAGCAGGGCAUGAAGAAUAAGAUCUUGAUCUUCGGCUUGUUUGAGGAGACGGCCCUUGCUGCCUUCCUGUCCUACUGCCCAGGCAUGGAUGUGGCCCUUCGCAUGUACCCUCUCAAGCCCAGCUGGUGGUUCUGUGCCUUCCCCUACAGUUUCCUCAUCUUCGUCUACGAUGAGAUUCGCAAACUCAUCCUGCGCAGGAACCCCGGGGGUUGGGUGGAGAAAGAGACCUACUAUUGA